UUAUAGUAAUUUCCAUAUUCAUUUAUGGGAGGAGGCAAGGCGGGGUCGGUCACUCAUUCAUGUGCGCUCAAUUUCACGUUGAUUGUGAUGUAUAAAGGAAAGGUGCGCAGGAGCUGGCGUACGACCGGUUUUAUACAUGUGAAUAUUUCUGUGCGUAGGUACUUUUCAAGUUUUGGCUGUACGCCAUCUUCUGGUAUGAAAGCUGCGCAGUGUUUUAUACAUGAGGCCCCAGCUGAUUUUCCCUCAUAAAUGUGACGUCAUCCCUGUUUGCGCAUGCGCGUGUCACACCUUAAACCGAAAGCGGAGUUGUCCUUUCAGCCGCAGCGAUAUGGACGGUAUGUUUGUGGAGGAAAAGACUUCGUCGGUUACCGGACAGAAAGCGGACUUUCCUUCCCAGAUGUGGAACGUGUUCCGUCUCUGCUCCAGCUGCCGGUUUGAGACGUUUCCGAGUUUUCCGAGACUUCGGCCCCGGAAGUCAGAGAAACUCCCUUUUAACAUCGAGUUUUGGGAAGCUGUCUGCGUGCUUUCUGUCUGAAACAUGGUUCUUUUUGAAUGGACUUUGGCGAGUCUAGCCUAUAGGACUACGAGCUGCUGUUUGAUAUGGCGGUGUCUGACCAACGAUUAAUGUCAUGGACUCAUGUGUUGACAGACAGCGGAUAUUUGGGAAUCCUAGGAUAGUGAAGGAAUGCACCGCCUAUUGCCUACUAUGCCUCUUGCGAUCUUGCGCAUGCGCAUGGCAGAAUUUAUCGCGCACCCACCAUAGGCGCCGCGCACCUUCCAUAUCAGUCUGCAUUUGCAAGGAGGAGAGAGAGCUGGACCACAACAAGGAUGGACUGCUUCAGAUCAGAUGGUCCAGCUGCACAGAGAGCCUCAGUGCUCUAUGACUACAACAAUGAUGAUGGGAAUCUGUGGACCAGGACCAGUCAGGACGCCCCCCUCCCCCUCUGUUCCUCCUCCCAUCCUCCUGACUCCAGCUGCCUGGUCUGUCUCAACCAGACGGUCUUCGUGGUGUGCCGUAACCUAACCAAAGGGGUCAAAGUGAUGAUGGAGGCUGGAACAGACCAGGUCCUCCUCUCAAAGUCUGAAUGCCCUGAGCCUCCCUCUGUCGACGCUCCACAAUCUCAGCUGGCCGUUAUCAUCCCCUCCAUCCUCCUCAUCCUCAUCAUCAUCAUCGGGGGGGUUUUCUGUAGGAAACGCUGCAGGAAGAGAAGAAAUAAACCACAGACUCACACAGAAGAAGAAUCAUCCACCAUGACUAAUGAAGACCCCAUGAAGCAAACUGAGAUCUUUUCUACUUUUAAAACCUCUUUAAACUUUUCCUUCAGUUACACCAUCUACACGGCAGAGUCCCAGGAUGACUUUGGAUAUGUCUUUUUAUCCAUUAAUCAGAAAAUACUGUCAACAAUCAGUGUUGGGAAAAGUUCACUUUCUAACAUGAACUAGUUCAAAGUUCA